UUCUCAAAACAUUUUCCGUGUAACACAAGAGGGAGAGAGCUGCAGUUCUUAGGAAAACCACAUUUUUUUUUAUUUAAAAAAAAACCAAAAACGGCGCCUGGAGAAGCAAAGAGGUGUAAUAACGCGUUAACAGAGGGAAUAAGUGGAAGGCAGCACAGCUGUAUUUGUUUAUUCGUCGACUGAGGUGGGAGACGUAUUCUCGCACAUACAGAACCGGUACCUGUUAUUUCUUGCAUGGAGCCUGUCCAAUCAGAGAUGAGCAUCCUGGUUAACGGGAAAGGUCAUGACGUUGGGGAUGAUAUGAAUGUGACGAUGAAGACAAUAAUAGAGGAAGACCCAAAUGGCACUCAAAACAGAUUUGAUGAUCCUGAUGGAACCCUGGCUGAAAAUGUGGAGUUUCUGCCUGGCGGUGAGGGCAAAAAGCCACGUUUCACUGAUUUUGAAGGGAAGACCUCGUUUGGCAUGUCCGUCUUCAAUCUCGGCAAUGCCAUUAUGGGCAGCGGGAUUCUGGGUUUGGCAUACGCCAUGUCCAACACCGGCAUCGUCCUCUUUUUGUUCCUUCUCACGGCAGUUGCUGUUCUUUCAUCCUACUCCAUUCACCUCUUGCUAAAAGCCUCCGGUGUUGUGGGAAUCAGAGCCUAUGAGCAGCUGGGUUUCCGGGCUUUCGGGACACCUGGCAAAAUGGCAGCUGGAAUUGCUAUAACACUGCAGAACAUCGGCGCUAUGUCCAGCUACCUGUUCAUUGUUAAAUCCGAGUUUCCUCUGGUCAUCCAGGCCUUCUUGAGGGUAGACGCCAACUCUGGAGAGUGGUAUCUGAAUGGCAACUACCUGGUGGUUCUGGUCUCUAUAACUGUGAUUCUGCCUUUGGCCCUCAUGAAGCAGCUCGGUUACCUUGGUUACACCAGUGGCUUCUCUCUCAGUUGCAUGGUUUUCUUCCUCAUUGCGGUCAUCUAUAAGAAAUUCCACAUCCCUUGCCCAUUCGAGGAGUUCUCUGCUAAUAGUACAGCCGUCCACCUGCUCACAACCGAUUUGCCAUUGACUGAUAGUCACCAUGAUGGACAUGUGGUGGACGAUGCACACUGCUCUCCCCGUAUGUUCACAAUCAACUCUCAGACGGCAUACACCAUCCCAAUUCUUGCCUUUGCCUUUGUGUGUCACCCUGAAGUGCUGCCCAUCUACACUGAGCUGCGCAACCCAUCUAAAAAGAAAAUGCAGCAGGUAUCCAACAUCUCCAUCUUCAUCAUGUACGUCAUGUACUUCCUCGCGGCCCUGUUUGGCUAUCUGACCUUCUACGAAAACGUGGAGGCCGAGCUGCUGCACACCUACAGCAAGAUUGAACCCUACGACACUCUGAUCCUGUGUGUGCGAUUGGCUGUGCUCACAGCUGUCACGCUGACUGUGCCAAUUGUGCUGUUCCCGGUGCGCAGGGCCAUUCAGCAGAUGAUCUUCCCCAACAAGACGUUCAGUUGGAUCCGUCAUAUCAUCAUCGCCAUCACCCUCCUCACCCUCAUCAACAUGCUUGUCAUCUUUGCACCGAACAUCCUCGGCAUCUUCGGAAUUAUCGGUGCUACUUCUGCUCCCUGCCUCAUCUUCAUCUUCCCUGCUGUCUUUUAUAUCCGCAUUGUCCCCAGAGAUGAUGAGCCCAUGCUCUCCACACCCAAAAUCCUGGCUGCCUGUUUUGCUGGUUUGGGUGUACUGUUUAUGACUAUGAGUUUGAGCUUUAUCAUCAUCGACUGGACUACUGGAAGCAGCAAUUCUGCUGGUGGCCACUAGAGGACAGUUCAAGUUUGUGUGUGUGUGUAUGUGUGUGUGAUAAGGGGAGUGUAUUGAAAAAAAUUACUGUUAUAUAGCAGGUUGAGCGAGGCUCAACUGAAGCACAUUUUUGUAUAUUUCAUUUUUUUUUUUGUUUUUAGUGUAGCUCUCUGUUCCAGCACCAAACACACCUGAACCAGGUGAUCAACACAGUUAAAAUAAAACCAAACAAAAAAACAACAACAGGGAAGCUAAAAUAGAAAUGAACAUUUUAGUGGAUGAGGGCUCAUAAGGACAGGCAUGGGAACCUAUGGGGUUCAGGGUGCAUUAGAUUCCCGAGAAUCUAAAAAACAAGCAGGCUAAUUGCCUUGAAUUGCUAUUUGAGAGAAACUUGCCAUGGCUCUGAACCUUCAGGCUUCAGUCUCGGAUAAUUCAGUAUUAUUUUUUUAAGGCAUCCUCACCUGCCUUUCAGAAUGCUCUGCUCUUGUUUUUCUUCAUGCUUUCUCCAUCUGCUUUCAGUUUUCAUUUUAUUCAGAUCUACAGCUAGUUCUGUAUAAAACAACGUUUUGUAAUGCUUCAUACAGUAGCAUAGAUAAUAAUAAUAAUAAUAAUAAUAAUAAUAAUAAUAAUUUGAUUUGUACUUUUUUAUGAAGUCACCCAUAGGAGUGACGUGUUAUAGAAAAUUUAGAAGCUUUAGUAUAGAAAUGUUAGUUCUGUUUUGGAGAAUGAAGGAUUGGAUAAAGUCACAUGUUGGAAGCUGCAGGCUGUUCUCCAAGAGACAGAAUAUUCAUUUGUAGUAGCUUUGGAUCUAACUGUAGUCAUGUUUCUGAGCAUUCCUUUCCUUCAUGCUCUCAAGUGUUAGCAUUGAAUCUACGAGGAGUGUAUGCAUGUGUGUUUAUAUAGACCAAUAUCAUCAGCUGCUGUUAGAGAAACAGGACCGUGGUGCUGAAGUCAUCUUAAAUAUAUCACACUGGAACUUGUACUGUUCCUCUUAAAGUACAAAAGUUCCUUCUGUAUCUGCGAAGAGCACAAUACGGGGCGACAGAUUGGAGAUUCACACACACACAAACAAUAAGUUAAGAAAUAUUUAUUAUGAUGUAUGAAAUAUUUUUUAAGUCAUUGGGUGAGUUUUUGAACCACAAACGUCUGUAGAUUGUAUUUAACCAUAUAAUUAUUUUCAGUAUUCAAAUGAAAUAAGUGAUUUAUGGAGAAGGUUUAAAAAGAGGUAGCUUGUAAAUAUUGUGAAGAUCAUAAAUGAAGCUAUACACAUGAAUUUUGACAGAAUACGACUUGUAGGAAUAACUUGUUUGUGUAUUUUAUAUGGAUUAAACAAAACCUCCUCUUUUCUUCCUGUGCCUGUGCUGUUUUGAGGUGUUUAAUGUGACUUGUGCCUUAAGGAUAUUCUCAGUAAAGGAGAGUCUUUGAGUGUUACGUGAUUGUUAGUAGUUGUGGAACCUGAACUGAAAUGUACUUGGUGUCUAUGGGCCUUUCUGUGCUGGAGCAGCAACAAUGACUGUUCAUAUACGCGGUGUUUAAUAUCCGUAGUGUCAGUCACAGAUGCCAUUCGGAACGGUUCUGUUUAAACCUGUGUGUGAAAUUUAAAACAAAAUAUAAAAGCAUUAUACUUCUAGGUGUUGGAAAUGAAGAAGAAUGGCUUCAGAGUCAGUUGCCAUCACCUUCAUCCAACACCAGGAACACUGCUUAAGUGACAAACUGACAUCUGUUGUUAGGAAAAAAACAUCUUUUUUGCGCAUAGAUCUUAAUGAAAAGAAUAAUAUUUUGACUCCUUGCUGAUGAGAAUGGCUAACGGGUUGAGAUUUUUCAUUACUGUCCGUACUCUGACUUGAAAUCUUUGAAAACUGGGUUGUUUCAUUGAAAACAGCAUUCAAAGAUUCGUGCAAGAUAUUUAAAGAUUAUCAUCGCCAACAGGGUGAUCAAGACUAUGCUAUGAAAAACAGACGAAUGGCUGUAGCUAUAUUUCCAUACAAAUGCUUUUACGCGAAGUGGUAAAAUUUGCAAAAUUGGUUUCAAUGGUAUUAAAUCAUUUUAUGCUUGCGUGAUGUGAGGGAAAAUGGUUAAGAAGAACUUAGAUAUAAGUUUUGGAAAGGCACUCACUGAAUAAACAAUACAGCUGUGAUAUACAGUACGGUGUGUAAGAUAAUGAUGAAUGACCAGGAUAAUUUUGUCAGUUAAUGUUCUUAUUUUUUUUUAAAUCCAAUAUUACAAUUACAAACUUUACAAAACUACAAAUGUUCCCAACACAGCUCUUGAAUAUUGGCAUUGUUCUCUGUUGUGUUAACUUGUUCACAGGAUGUACUUGUAAAAGUAGUAAAAGUGAUUUACAGACGUGAUUUACAGAGUUUAUGGAAACAGUUUAUUUCGACUAAUUUACAUCACUUAGUUUUCGUGUAAUAUUGAAAGACAGUGUGGCUAUUGUUAAUGUGUUUGGCCUAUUUUAUCUGUUCUUGGGGUCCUUUUUCUAUACACUGUAAAUCUGUUCUUUUGUUCAUCUAACCAAGCACUGCUAAUGCUCAUCAGGAAGCCUGAGCUCAUACCAAAGGAUCUUAAACAUCCAGAGUUUUCAAUGUGUUAGAAAGCCACUCUAUACAAUUAUCCCAUUGUUACUUAUGAUGAUGUUAAAUGAAUCCAUGAUUAUUCCCUUUUUGUGACUACGUGGUGGUAAUACACAACUGUAAACACCCCUUCUGUUUAUGCCUGUCAAGCUUGUAUAGUGUAAAUAGCAGAACUGGUUUUAGUUUACCAAUAAAGAAAAAUAUUUAGUUGUUUCUA